AAAACCUCCCCAAAGACCUAAAACUUCAGGAAUCGCUCUUUGUUUUGCUUAAUCACGACAACGACAACAUAUACAUUUUUACCGAUCCUCUAUAAUCAUGUCGUCUUCCAAAAACACGACAGAGCCGUUCCCUACAGCGCCAGACGAUAUACCAGCGGCAUCUCUCGUAGGACAAACCAGCCCUCGUACAUCAGCAGAUUUAAAUGCUGGCCAGACAUCUCCAGUUUCGCCGCGUAGAGCGAGAGCGUCUUCAGCGGCAGCAUCGAUCAAGUCCGGCGCUACAAAACUCCUUGAUACCGACCUUCCGCCUGGCUUCCUCGCUGCCACCGCAGCUGCUGCUUCAAAAGCACCCACGAUACCCGACAUAAGACAUGGAUCAUUUGGUACCGAGGGCUGGAACGAGGCUGCCCAAAGAAGAGAAAGGAGAAGCAGUGCAUCGGAAGACUCAACAGGAAAUCGAAUACGCGCACGCAGCGGCGCCUCCGUAAACGCGCCUCCUGCGAGUCCAACGAUUGGCACAAAACUUGAUGUCUUUCCUCCGCUUAGAGAAGAGCCCUCGGACCUCAGCACUGCCGCUCAUACACACCUUGACAGCGCAGCAGACGCACCUAAUGUAUCUUCCAAAAGCAUCGUCGCAACAGACCUUGAAUCCUCCAUAUCUCCCCAAACCUCAUGGACCGAGCCUCCGCCCCUUCCCUGGACCACCUCCUUCAUGAUCGGCCUUCGCACCUACCUGCACUGGGUCAUCACGAUCCCGGGCUUUCUCAUCACCGUAUACGGUCUCAACAUUGUCGCUUGGGGCGGCAUGCUAUUUUUGCUCCUCUGCAACGCCGCGCCCGCAAUGUGCCACCCUUCAUGCAACGACAUCAACUCCCCUCGUCGCAUCUGGAUCGAGAUCGACAGUCAGAUCCUCAAUGCCUUAUUCUGUGUGACUGGCUUUGGACUCGCGCCGUGGCGGUUUCGCGAUCUCUACUGGUGGUUCGUCUGGCGCGUCGGCAAGAAAGAGAGCGGGAUCAGACGGUUGGCAGGGAUUCACAGAGACUGGUAUAGACUUGUUGGCAGUCAGGACAAUAUUGGUGAAUUGGAUACCGAGAGUUUUGCUGUCCCGAUCCCCGCGACGAAAGCGCCUACGCCACCACUCACAGGCGUGCGUGCACCGUCGACAAAGCCGUGGAAGAUGGACUGGGUCGUGUGGAUGAACAUAUGGAAUACGUUCCUCCAAACCGUUCUUUCAGGCUUUAUGUGGGGCCUAAACCGAUACGACAGACCAAGUUGGUCAACUGGCUUAUUUGUUGGGUUAGCAUGUAUCGUCGCUGCAAUGGGCGGACUGAUGAUAUUUCAAGAGGGCAAAAAAGUGAAGAAAAUAGAGGGCGUGGCGAUUGGGAAGGAAGAGCGAAAGGCGCGGGGGUGGCCUGUCGAGGAUAUGGAGACAGGCGUGCAGCAAGCUGCUGGGGAGGAGUCGGAAAGGUUAGAGGAGAAGAGCCCAGCAACGGCGACAAAGAAGGGGCUCAUGGGACUGAGGAGGAGCGUUAGAUAGAUGACAAUGACUGGGGUAGACUGCGAUCUGCAGAAUAGUAUCAUUGAAUGUCACUGAAAUAGUAAAUACUGAUGCACGCUACACGGCUCCAACCGAGGGCCUGAGUGUAAGAUGUAUCGUCGCU